CUUCCCCUUACUUCUCUCUCACUCCAAAUCCUCAGAAAAACAAAAUGCCUUUCUUCCUCCCUCUCCUCUUCCUCUCCCUUUUCUCUUCUGCCACUGCUUGUGAUCGUUGUAUUCAUCAAGCCAAAGCCGCCUUCUAUCAAGACGAAGCUGCUGGUUUAUAUAGAGGCGCCUGUGGCUAUGGCGAUCUUACAUUGCAACUAUCAAACGGCUACUUCUCCGCCAUUAUGCCUCCUCUAUACAAGUAUGGCGCUGGCUGUGGCGCCUGUUUUCAAGUGAGAUGCAAGGACGAUAAAAUUUGCAGCAAGGAAGGGACGAAAAUUAUUGUAACAGAUCGAAAUGACAAUACUUAUACAGGAUUGGUUCUUAGUCAGAAAGCUUUUGGUGAAAUGGCUGUGAGUGGAAAAGAUAGAUUGCUAUUGAGUUAUGGAGUUGUGGAUGUUGAAUUCAAAAGGAUACCUUGUAUAUACGAUGACAAAAACUUGUUGGUUAGAGUGGAAGAAUGGAGUCAAUAUCCUAAUUACUUAGCCAUUAAAUUGCUUAACCAAGGUGGCCAAACAGAAAUAGUAGCGAUCGAUAUAGCUCAGGUUGGUUCCUCGAAUUGGGAUUAUAUGGGUAGGAAUUAUGGAGCUGUGUGGGAGACUAAAAAAUCAGCUCCGAAAGGACCAUUGCAAUUGCGGUUUGUGGUGACUUCUGGAUAUGAUGGAAAGUGGAUUUGGGCAAAAUACGUGCUUCCUGUUGAUUGGAGACCUGGAUUGAUUUACAAUACUGGAGUUCAAAUUUACGAUAUUGCUAAAGAAGGUUGUCCAACAGAACAAUGUGGCGAUGGACAAUGGAGACGAUAGAUAUAUGUGACUAAUCCAUCAAAUACAUGUUAUAUAUAAGGUUGUGGUAUUUGAUAUCUAAUACCAUAUUUAAUGUAAGAAAGAGGAAAAAUAAAAUAAGGGAUGGAUGGAGUUGUAUGAUUAUAUCAUAAUCAUAAAGUAUAUAAUAAAGUAGAUAAAUUAUUAAUGAUAUGAUAUUUAGUUGUCA